AUGGCAGCAAGCCCAACUAUGGAAGCAGACGAUGAGAUUUAUAUGAGGAAACUAGAAACUAUCCAAGAUAUAAGGGCUCGAAGUUCUCACCUAGAGAAGCUGAGAUCACAACUGCUAAAGGAGCUUAAUGCUACUGAGAGAGAGGAAAGAUUAGUCAAAGACUAUAAGGCUGAGAUGGAAGCUUUAUUACAUGAAAAAAUGGCUCAUGUAGAAGAACUUCGUCUGAUCCAUGCUGAUAUCAAUCUGAUGGAAAACACCAUUAAACAAUCAGAAUCGGAAAGAGAGAGGGGAUAUGAGAUGAUACGCAGACUACAUGAAGACUAUAAACCUCUUAGAAUGGAGAUAAAUAGGAUGCGCCUUUCCCUAGGCCUGGAACAGUUGCCGCAGUUAGAGGAGGAGGAAUCCAUAGUUCACAUGCUUGUUGAAAGAAUACCAACAACCUGGAAAGCUGAACCCCAAGAACCUCCUCCACCUCCUGUUGCCCAACAACUAGCUGCCGCAGCAGCCGCUGCACAUCAGUUGGUAAACAAACGAGGUCCGUCAGGUGAACGGCAUUUCCGGCAACAGCAGCCACCUCCUAUGAAAGCAUGUCUAUCAUGCCACCAACAGAUUCACAGGAAUGCACCUAUUUGUCCUUUGUGUAAGGCAAAGAGUAGGUCUCGGCAUCCCAAGAAAACGAAGAGAAAGCAUGAUGAAUAAACAUUACUACCUCAUUGAAAUGUUUGUGUUUUAAAACAAGAAGAUUAACUUCCAAGUUGGGGAAGGCAUUCUUCAGUACCCAACCAGACAUCAAAGAAACUUGAAGUAAUAUCCAGGAAAACGAAAAAUAUAACCUUGCCAUAUUUUAUUCAUCCAGUUGUAAAUCUCUGAAAUGCAAAUCAAACUAUGCAAAGAAAAAUACUUCUCUGAGAAAGAUUUAGCCUGCGAAAGAUUUUGAUCUAAUUUUAAGGCCAAUUUACAGGGUACAAUUUUUCCUGACAACUGCAUUCAUACCCAUGGUAUGAAUUACUGUAAAUGGUAGUUAAAACUUGGCUUGAGCAGGUUGUGUGCGACAACCUCCCUGGUGCAACAGUUACGAGGAAAAAUCGUACCCUGAAAAUCUGCCUUUUCAGUCUUAUCUAGCAUUAAGUGACUGUGUUUGUACCCUGGUCCCAGAGGCCCRACGUUUUUUUCUCGGCCAYGUAUAGUUUGAGCCGCGAAGCGGCAAAGCCGCUUCACGCCUCAAAAUAUACGUGGAGAAAAAUCGUCGAGCCUCUGGGACCAGGGUACUGUGUUUGGUUUUCAAUGCGAUGUUAUGUUAGGCUCCUAUAUUGUGAGAGGUAAUUAUAUAGCUUGUACUCUAUUCAAAGCCUGGGUUAUUUAAACUGUCAACAGGUUGGACUAGCAUAAAGGGAAAAAUAGGGCUCAUAAUUUGUGUAAUUAGAAAAACAUUAGUCUGCAAUACAAUUAUAGUUAUUGUUUAUAAUAUUGCUUUUUGUUACUUUAUUUGUUUAUAGGUUUAGAGUGAUAGUUAAAUUUAAGGAGUUGUUACAACACUGUUUUGAAACAAACUUGAAAUAUUAAAAGAAAUAAUCUAAAAGAAAA